CCUCCUUCGGGGUAUGUAAAGCGGCGCGGCCUGGGGUUGUUUCACCGCUCAACUCCCGUGUCCCUCCGCGCAGGCGGGCGGUCCCGGAGAGCGGGUCCCUGCAAAGGCGGCGACGGCGGAGCCCUUUCCUCAUCAUGAAUAGAGGUUUCUCCCGAAAGAGCCACACGUUCCUGCCUAAGAUCUUCUUCCGCAAAAUGUCAUCCUCGGGGGCUAAGGACAAGCCUGAGCUGCAGUUUCCCUUUCUACUGGAUGAGGAGACGGUGGCCACGCUGCAAGAGUGCAAGACACUCUUCAUCUUGCGCGGCCUGCCAGGAAGUGGCAAGUCCACACUGGCACGCAUCAUCACAGACAAGUACCGUGAUGGCACCAAGAUGCUGUCUGCUGAUGCCUACAAGAUUACCCCUGGCAGUCGUGGAGCCUUCUCCGAGGAGUACAAGCGGCUGGAUGAGGACCUGGCUGCCUGCUGCCGCCGGGACAUCAGAGUGCUUGUGCUGGAUGACACCAACCAUGAGCGGGAGCGGCUGGAGCAGCUCUUUGAAAUGGCUGACCAGUAUCAGUACCAGGUGGUGCUGGUGGAGCCCAAGACGGCAUGGCGGCUAGACUGUGCCCAGCUCAAGGAGAAGAACCAGUGGCAGCUGUCAGCCGAUGACCUGAAGAAGCUGAAGCCUGGGCUGGAGAAGGACUUCCUGCCACUCUACUUCGGCUGGUUCCUGACCAAGAAGAGUUCGGAGAGCCUCCACAAGGCUGGCCAGAUCUUCCUAGAGGAGCUGGGGAACCACAAGGCUUUUAGGAAGGAGCUUCGACAGUUUGUCUCUGGGGAUGAGCCCAGGGAGAAGAUUGACCUGGUCAUCUACUUCGGGAAGAGACCCCCAGGCAUGCUGCACUGCACAACCAAGUUCUGCGACUACGGGAAGGCCGCUGGGGCAGAGGAGUACGCCCAGCAGGAUGUGGUAAAGAAAUCGUACUGCAAGGCUUUCACGCUGACCAUCUCUGCCCUCUUUGUGACUCCCAGGACGACUGGGGCCCGGGUGGAGCUGAACGAGCAGGAGCUGCUGUUGUGGCCAAAUGAUGUGGACAAGCUGUCACCCUCUGACAGCCUGUCUCGGGGGAGCCGCGCGCACAUCACCCUAGGGUGUGCAAAUGACGUGGAGGCCGUGCAGACAGGCAUUGACCUCCUUGAGAUUGUGCGGCAGGAGAAGGCGGGCAGCCGUGGCGAGGAGGUGGGUGAGCUCCACCGGGGCAAGCUCUACUCCUUGGGCAAUGGGCGCUGGAUGCUGAACCUGGCCAAGAAGAUGGAGGUCAGGGCCAUCUUCACGGGGUACUACGGGAAGGGCAAACUUGUGCCCACACACAGCAGCCGGAAGGGGGGCACCCUGCAGUCCUGUACCAUUGUCUGAGUACCCUCUCACCACCUGCCCCCCGCCCUUGCUCUGGGGGGUGAGGGGGAAGACAUCUCUCUGCUUGAUCCCCAUUAAGGUUUUUUUUGUUUUUGUUUUUGUUUUUUAAAGUUAACCUCCUGUAACUUCUUAAAAACUUGUAAAAUAACUGACCUUCUCUUCUUGUCCACCCUCUUCCUCUCUAACACCCAAGCCCUCAACACAAGGAGGGGUGAGUAGUAGGCACCAUUCAGGAACCUGGGCCAAAGCUGAUGAGGCCGGGCGAGCUAGGCCUAGCUAGAGCUGCACCCAGAUCUGAGCCCUGCUUCCAGUUACUAGUUAGCCCAGCCCCUGCCCCCAGCUCUGCUGCUCUGCCACGUGGGCUAGUAAGCAGGGACACCUGAGAGUUGCAGACACCCUGCUGGCGGUGGCAGAAGGCAGCGGGGCUCGGAGUGGUGAUACUGCCAUGGAACACUAGUGGUGGCUCUGGGGUGGGGGAUCCUUGGGGUUUGUCCCUUUCUUCAUCAGCACAGCCCCACGAAGGCAGGAGCUGUUUACCAGGGUAGAAAAAGGGGUUAACUUCCCACCUUUGGUCCUAGGUUCCUCUCCCCUUCUCCUUCACACCUUAACUAGGUAAGUUUGAUAACUAGGGAAGAAAACAGAACAAUAACCAGGAGCCACAUCCCAGGCUUCCGGCUGACCUCACCUCAGGAAGGGGAUGGGGUCACCAUCCUUCCCAGUGGUGGGCAUAUCGAGGCCAGCACAGUCUAUCGGUGGGGACACACCAGUCUUGCUUUCAGCCCAGCUCAUCUUGCCUCCAUGGUGUCUCUGGAUGGAGGCCUCAUACCUCCUCUAAAGGAACUAGUGGGCACCAAGAUCCAGCGGAGCAUACCCCUGGUUCACCUGUUUCUCUGGGAAGGGAUUUUUAACAGUUACAUGUGCAUGGUUCCUGGGUGCCCCCCACUGCCCUCUGCUCAAUAACAGGGCUUUGCUAAUCAGGUUGUUACUCAACAAAAGUAUGUGGGAUUAAGUUACUAUCCUGGCCUUGCCCAACUUCAGCAACUUGUAAGACUGAUAAUAAAUCAUGUUAAUCCUA